UCGAUAUAUAAGGAGGACCUGAACUUUGAGCUGGACCUGUGUCUGAAGCUCUUGACUCGCAGGAUGAACACCCUCCGAACUCUGUUUCUCUUGGCCGCCGGCCUCUCUGUGGCUUGCUGUGCUACAAUCGUGUCUUCCAAGAUACAAUCGCUCUACGACUUCAGGUUCCAGAUCCUGUGCAUGAUGCCCCAAAGCUGGCCGAUUAAGGACUACGCUGACUACGGCUGCUACUGUGGAAAGGGCGGCUCUGGCACGCCUGUGGACGAGCUGGACAGGUGCUGCGAAGUGCACGACAACUGUUACGGUGAUGCCAUGAAGCACGACGUUUGCAAUUCCAACUUCGCCCCUUACUUCAAGUCUUACUCCCAUGACUGUGCCAAAGACAGCAAGACGCUCACCUGUGGUGAGAACAACAGCAAAUGUGAGAUGUUCCUCUGUGAGUGUGACAGGAAGGCCGCCGAGUGUUUCGCCACAGCGCCUUACAACAAAGAGAACAAGCACCUGCCCAGUGACCAAUGUCAGUAGAAGACCUCUGCAGUUUAUCCAAAACAGGAUCCACUCCCACACACGACACACCCAUCACUGAGCUCUCAGGAGCGGCAGCAGCUUGUUUCGUCCGCUCAUUGAAAUACUCCCACUGACUUUGUACUGUCACAUUCUCAAGGUCAUGGUUUUCUUUUCUCCUUCUCUCUUUGCACUGCGUCUCUAUUGUUAGCUGUGGAUCUGUAUCCUGACCAGAAACACCAGUAGAUCUGCAUCUCUCACUAACUGAUGCUCGGUUAUUUAGAACUCAAGUUUCCAGUAGAGGGCGCUCUCAUCUUGCUUUUUUUUUCCCUUGCUGGCAGAAAUUAGUUUACAGACUGUAGACUUUAAUAUUGGCAAUUUAUCAAAUUAUAAAAAUGCUUGCAGUACUCAAUAAAGAAGAUUAAAAAAAUGAU